AUGGCGCGCAAGAAGAGACCCUACGUUCCCAAGAUUGUCGGGUGCCAACAAUGUUUAUUAAGACGGAUUCACUGCACUCGAGAAGAGCCAGCAUGCCAAAAGUGCGUUAAAGCCGGCCUAGAAUGCAGUGGACUCAACUACCGGGUCGAAAAGCUUGGGUUGAAACCACUCCCGCCGCGUUCUACUAAGCAGCCUCGCGAGAACGAUAACUCUGUCAAUAGUGGACAAGGCAGUGGGAUUGAAAUUCGUGUUAUACAAUCUCCACUUGCGAAUCAAGGACAACCCGAUGAUCAGCGUAUCCCUCCCUCACAGUCUACGGUACGAGUCAAAUACAGGGUGAAGGUCAGGAACCUUUCCAACCUCGUCCUAGUCCUGACGCCUGUAUACUGUCCAGUGUUCCAAUGA